AUGGAUGUUCGUGCAAAUACAAUUGCGAAUUGCUUUCGUCAUUAUAAACUUCGAUCAACAGAUAACGUGACUUUUGAGAACUCAUAUGAAGGUGGUGAAAGAACUCAAGAACUCCAGAAUUUGAUCAAAGAGUUGGGUUAUCGCAAUGCAAUGGAUGUCGAAGAUGUUCUGACUUACCCAGAAGAAAAUGUAGUUGCACAGUUGUUGACUGAUGAAGAAAUUAUUGAAAGCGUUAUUGGAAUUAAUAAAGAUGAUAUCGAUGAAGAAGAUGAUGAAAGUUCUACAAUGGAGCCCCCUUCGCAAAACGAAGCUAUUAAAGCGGCAAUCACAUUGAAUAAUUUUUUUUGA